CUCCCCAACUCCUCUCACCUCGGUCCGCAGUUCGUAGAGGGGGCUGUGAGAGGGUCGAACGCCGCAGCCCUUGCGCGCUGACGUCACGAGUCGAGGCGCGACGCUGCGGGAACGCGGGGGACGCGCAGCGCGCUGCUAUAAAAGGGCUUUGCUGCGCGCGCGGCCGGCUUAGUGCGACCGGGCAGCCGGGGCGAGAGCAACGGUGGGCGCGGUGCUCGUUGGACAUCCGAGGAAGCGGGGAGCGGAGCGAGGCCCCCGGGUCCUCGCCAGGGCCGCAGCGGCUGCUGUUGGGCCCCCCGCCCCGGCCGGCGGCCCGAGGAGCGCAGGAAGGGGGCCGGGGGGACCCGCCCCCGGCCGGCCGCAGGCAUGAACUCCAACGUGGAGAACCUUCCCCCCCACAUCAUCCGGCUCGUGUACAAGGAGGUCACCACGCUGACCGCCGACCCUCCGGAUGGCAUCAAGGUCUUUCCCAACGAGGAGGACCUCACCGACCUGCAGGUCACCAUCGAGGGCCCUGAGGGGACCCCCUAUGCCGGGGGUCUGUUCCGUAUGAAGCUCCUGCUGGGGAAGGACUUUCCUGCCUCCCCUCCCAAGGGCUACUUCCUGACCAAGAUCUUCCACCCCAACGUGGGCGCCAACGGCGAGAUCUGCGUCAACGUGCUCAAGAGGGACUGGACGGCGGAGCUGGGCAUCCGCCACGUGCUGCUGACCAUCAAGUGCCUGCUGAUUCACCCCAACCCCGAGUCUGCGCUCAACGAGGAGGCGGGCCGCCUGCUCCUGGAGGACUACGAGGAGUACGCGGCCCGCGCACGCCUGCUCACCGAGAUCCACGGCGGCGCCCCAGCCACGGCCGCUGCCGAGCCCUCGGCCCCCGGGGGCCCCGGCGGGGCGGAUGGGCCCAUGGCCAAGAAGCACGCGGGCGAACGUGAGAAGAAGCUGGCGGCGAAGAAAAAGACGGACAAGAAGCGGGCCCUGCGGCGGCUGUAG